AUGGUCGACACCAGCGUCGACACAACCGUGGCGACCACAGUCAGACCCGUAGAUGGCACGACCUUGGACGCCAUGCUGACCUGGAAGAGCGACGACGACGACGACGACGCCGCCGGGGGCACGCUCGCUUGCGCGCCGGGUGUGGUCUGUCCGUCUAGGGGCGCGCCAGCCGAUGGCGUCGAUGCGCCCGCCGGAGCUUGCCCGGUUCUGGUCGACGUGUGGCUCGCUGUUGGUGAUGCCUGCAACCCUGUGGAGGAUGUCGCCGACGCCAGCGAUCCCGACCCCGACAACAUCGCCCCCGUUGGUGGCGCGCCGUCUGACUCGGGCGCCGAUCCUUCCGUGCUUGUCCUGGUCAUUGCGCUGCUUGAGCCUGGCGCGCUGCUUGAGCCGGGUGUGCUGCCUGAGCCUGGCACGCUGCUCGAGCCAGGUGCGCUGCUCAACGCGACGCGAAAGUCGGUCGUCGUCUGCGUCACCAGCGUUGGCACCGUCGAGACAACCGUCGUCGACGACCGCACGAUUGUCGCCAGCGUACUCCGUGUCACCACCGGCUCCGACACGCACCCAAUCCGGCCGACAUUCACCAGUGGCAGGUUGGGGUCGCCGCGGCCUCCGGCGAUCGUGGCGUGA